AUGGCCCACCUGCGGGCCUGCGAAGUCAGGCAGCUGCUGCACAACAAGUUCGUGGUCGUCAUGGGGGACUCCAUCCAGCGCGCGGUGUACAAGGACCUGGUCCUCCUGCUGCAGAAGGACUGCCUGCUCUCUUCCAGUCAGCUGAAGACCAAGGGCGAGCUGAGCUUCGAGCACGACGAGCUGUUGGAGGGUGGGAGGUGGGGGCGCAUGCACAACAGCACCCACUACCGCGAGGUGCGCCAGUUCUGCUCCAGCCACCACCUGGUGCGUUUCUACUUCCUCACGCGUGCGUACUCGCCUUACUUCGAGGAUAUCCUGGCCGAGCUGCGGUGGGGCGAGCACGCCCCUGACGUCGUGGUCAUGAACUCGUGCGUCUGGGACCUCUCCAGAUAUGGACGUGAUUUCCCCAGGAGCUACCGGGAGGACCUGGGGAACCUGUUCCGGCGCCUGGACCAGGUCCUGCCCCAGUCCUGCCUCCUGGUGUGGAACACGGCCAUGCCUGUGGCAGAAAUCGUCUCGGGGGUCUUCCUCGCACCCGAAGGCGAGACCUGCCGGACCAGCCUGCGGGAGGAUGUGAUGGAGGCCAACUUCUACAGCUCUGCUGAGGCCGCCAGGCGCGGCUUCGACGUGCUGGACCUCCACUUCCACUUCCGCCACGCGGGGCAGCACCGCCAGCGAGACGGUGUGCACUGGGACGAGCGCGCGCACCGGCACCUCUCCCAGCUGCUGCUGGCCCACGUGGCAGACGCCUGGGGUGUGGACCUCCCGAGCCACCACCUGGGGGGCAGGUGGAUCAGGGAUGACCCUUCGCCUGCGGGCAGACGUGCAGGACCAGCCGGCCGGAGGCAGCCCCAAGACAACCGAGGCGACCCAAGAGAAUCGGCCUUUUCCUGGUCCCCACCCACUCCCCCGUGCUUCCGAACCCCUUGGCGACCUUCGGUGCCUUCCCCCCAGGCUCAGACCCGGUUCCUGCACUACCAGCACAGCACCCGUUUCUCUUCAUAUCCACCUUCGCAGCGCCAGCGAUUCUCUGACUCCUCAGCGCGCCAAAUCAGAUACACCAGGGAGGCUCACACCAUGGUGGCCCGCGAGCCAAGACUGGGCCCCAUCCGCAGAGCCUCCACCCAGCGCCCAGGUCGGGCUUCUCCGCCUUACCCUCCGCGACACCCCAGUGGGCCCCACGGACGCCAGGGAAGGCGCUCAGAGAGACGCGUCCAAGCACAUCCUUAG